UUACGGUACAGUUCCUGUUCCAGGAAAGGGGGGAGGGUUUAUUUGCAAAGAUUUAAGUCAUGAAUUUGAUGAGAAAGGAACAAUCUCUGGCAGCUACUGGUGCGGUGCUCAUGGCAAUAAAUGCCGAACUCGAAGGAAAAAUUUAACCGAUGGAAAGAAGGAAAUGCACCGAAUGAUUGCUUCCAUCCCCGUCAUAUGAUGAUCGGAGACAUUGUCAUAGAGCGCCAGCCUGUCUCUGUUUGUGUGCCUGCGAACUUCAAGGUGACCCUGAGCGUUCGUGCUGAGGGUGCGGGCAUCCUCAAGUACCAGUGGUUCACGAAUGGUGAUGAUGGGGAGAACGAGGUGCACGGUGGAACACAGGCAGAUCUGAUCAUCAACCCCGUUAAAACUCACUGCUAUGUGUGCCGGGUGAAUGAUAAUUUUUAUAACUGGGUGUUCAGUGAGUGGGUGAAAGUGAAAGUGCUGGAUAUUGACGCAUCAGUGUCAGGUUUGCCACGCCACUGGCAGGGGAAUCCCCACAUUGCUAUCAACCCCAAACCACAGACAGUCCAACCUGGUGCAAAAAUCACACUCCGCUGCUCGGCAUUUGGCAACCCGGCUCCACGUUACCAGUGGUACAGAAACGGACACGCGCUAUUGAAAAACACUACCGACACGCUGCAGAUUGAUCAUGCCGAGGCUAAACAUGAAGGAACAUAUCUGUGCUCAGUUUCUAACGUGCUGGAAGAAAUAUGGAGCGAACCCGUCCAAGUUGAUAUCGUUCAAAAUGACCGACUUCCUCAAUCACCCACAAAAGCCGUUGACAAAGUUGCCCUUCUUAUCGGCAACUUGAAUUACUCCAACCACCCCGGUUUAAUGGCCCCAAUGAUGGACGUCCACGAACUGGCUAACCUCCUGCGGCAGCUGGGAUUCCGAGUGGUGUCCUUGUUGGAUCUCACCAAGGUGGAGAUGCUGGCUGCUGUGGAGAAGUUUUUUGACCUCCUUCACAAAGGAGUUUACGGCCUUUUCUACUAUGCUGGCCAUGGCUACGAGAGUGCUGGGAGAAAUUACUUGGUCCCUGUGGAUGCUCCACGACCAUAUCAAACUGGAAAUUGUGUAUGCGUGCAGCGCAUCAUGCUGCAAAUGCAGGAACGACACACUGCGCUGAAUGUUAUCCUGUUGGAUACCUGCCGCAAAUGGUACAACCAGCAACGUAUACCGUCGGAGAUUAUGCCACAGCAGCCGAAGGGAAAUACCGUGUAUGGCUAUGGCACGUGUGAAGAUGCUGAAGCGUUUGAAGUCCAAGAUGGAGGAAGGAGUACAGGAAUCUUCACCAAAUACUUGAACAAGCACAUCCUUCAGGCAGAAAAAGUGACACACGUCUUAGAGAGGGCGUCGGAGGAUUUAGGCAGAGACCCUUUGAUCACAGGCAAGCAGGCUGUGGAAAUCAAGCACACCCUAAAUGAACCUCGGUCACUUGCCGAUCCGGUUCAGACGGCGGGCCACACAAGGGAGCUACACUUGAGAGAUUUUUGCUGGCGACAAGCAAAUGAACUACCAAGGAAGAGGCGGCUGAUGUUCCAUUGUGGAGUAAAAGUGGAAGUUAGCUUCUCAGCCUUGUUUUCAAAUGUCAUCGUGGCCUUUGGAGUUAUUAAAACCACCGGCCCCAAAACGGACAACUGCACUAUCACGCUGAGUAGCAUACCUGCAAUGGAAGAACUUUAUUCUGGGCCUGGAAGGUUUGAGGAGGCGGACUCCAUGCUAUUUGACAAAGCUGUUAAUCCAGAUUGUACUCUGAGAGUGUGUGGACUUCAAAAGCUUAAGGAAUCGCUGGUCAUUAAGAUGGAUCUACACUAUACUCACACGGAGAGUAGGCAGCGUCUCACAGAGAGCCAACGGGUGGACAUCGGAAAACCUUUGGUGGCGUCCUGUAAAUUAUACGAGACGAUUCAUACGUCACACAGGAAACAAGACAUUGCUUCUGCCCAGAGCAUGGGCAACAUUUUACACAGCAAGCAAGAACUGAAUCCCAAUCAGCCUGGUCCAUGUCAGCCUUUUACCAGGAAGGCCGAGUGUGGUGCUCUCGUGGCGCCCUUCCGAUGCAAUGAACCUGAGGAGAAUGAUGAGACGUUAUAGUUUAGACUUGUUUAUAUUUGAUGACUAUGUGAAUGGUGAUGAAUGAAUGAAUGCAGUUUUUAUGUCGUGUGUAAUUACCAAUCAUCCAACACUGAACAUCAAUAUUUAGCCUACUCUAAGUUAGCAUUGUUCGUUUUUACAAGUGGUAAGCUGGCUAGCCACAGAUAUGUCGAAUAAAAACAUUUAUUUAUCCAACUAA